UGGGGACGAAAUCAAUCAAUCAUGGGGGCCGCCUUCCAGCGCAUGCUCUCGGCGUUCUACACGCGACAGCUGGAAGUGGUGCUGGUUGGUCUGGAGAACAGCGGGAAGACGACCUUGAUGAAUGUGCUCGCCAGCGGCCACCCGGUGGACACGGUUCCGACCAUCGGGCUCAACGUCAAGAUGAUCAAGCGGGGCGGGGUGCAAAUGAAGUGCUGGGACAUCGGGGGACAGGCGCAGUACCGGGGCGAGUGGGGCCGCUACACGAGAGGGUGCGACGUGAUCGUCUACGUUGUCGAUGCUCACGCCGAAGAGAAGGCGGCGCUCGCCAGACGAGAACUGCAUCGAUUACUGGAGGACGAGGAGCUGGCGUCUACGCCGCUGCUGGUGUUGGCGAACAAGGUUGAUCUGGAGCCGCAUAUGAGCGAGGACCAGAUCAUCCGGGAGUUGAAUCUCGACUACGUGACCGCAAACCCUUGGAUUCUUAUCCCGAUAUCGGCGCUCAAGGUGAUAAACAUUGACCAGGUUUUGCAAUGGCUCGUCAAGCAGUCCCGAGGCUAGGCCGCAUGCUCCUACCCCCGCCCCCGCCCCCAACACCGGAAGCCUUGGAGACCCCCCGUUUCUGCCGUUGUCG